GCGCAGAGCGGAGGCUGACAGGCAUGAAAGGACUUGCUUUCCAUGUGGGCACAGACCGAGUUUUGUUUCCGCCUUCCUCUGUGCGAAAAAACUAGGGAAGGAUUGUUAUGCAAGUCUGGCAGGAGUCUCCACCCGGGGAGGAAUGCAGUAGCGCAAGUUGCCUGCUCUUCCCCGGCCUCAGACUCCCGGCACAGCAUGGAGAAGGUCGAGCUGGUCGCCUUUGGGCUCGGUGUCGCCGGCUGCUUCUUCGCUGUGGCGACCCGCUGCCUUCCCGUGUGGCAAGUGAGUGGCGAACUGGGCAACGUGACGGGGGCGCUGCCGGUGUACUGGGAUGGGAUGUGGAUGGACUGGGAGCAUCACAGCUUGGGCGAGCUGCGCUGCGCCUUUUACCAGUCUCUGCUGCCACUGGGGAAGCACUUUCGCUCUUGGCAGGCGCUGAUCACCUCCUCCAUCAGCUUCGGCCUCGUCUCUGUCGCCAUCUACGGCAUCGGGAGGCUGAGGUUCCCCCAUAGGGUCCAGGUGAAGCCGGUGUCGGGGGCUGUCUUCCUCCUGUCGGCGGUGCUGCUUCUCAUUCCGAUGUCAUGGACCACGCACGAGUCAGCGCAGACGCUGGGGAACCUGCCAUCCCUCCGGAGGAAGGUGGGAGAAGCAGUCUACUUCGGCUGGACAGCCACGGCCCUCUUUAUUAUCGGGGGGUGCUACCUGUGUACCAGGUGCCCCAAAAGAAAACGACAGGAGCCUGUGGACUUACCUGAUACCGGGGAUCCCUUCUUAACUAUCAACAGUGCCUCGUUCCGACCAGGACAACUACCGUGCGCUUAAAGACAGGUGAAUUACUCUUACAGAGAUCUGAUUAAAUAAUAAUAACCUGGGGAUUCUGUAUAUGUCUGAAGGAGUUUCUAAACACCUCGCCUUAAAAGAGACGGUGGAACCCUGAUGAACUCCUAACAUUACAGCCACUGCCAAUUUACUACAGGUUUGUCUUUACCAAAGGAACUAGUUGUUUACAACAGCGAGUAACUCUCAAGAUGCCAAUAUUUACUGACCAGGGAUGCUAGUUGAAUUUCUGCGAUACAAUGUAAAUGAUGUAAAUGGACAUUUUAAUAAGUAUGUGUUUUAAGUGAAUUUUUCACUUGUAAUUUACACAUGUGUACAUGUAUAUUUGUAUUUAUAAAAAAUAUUGUAUAUUGUUGAUGUGACCAUGUCUAACUCGGUUAGAUUGAUGGGUCUUGAAUGGUUUCGCACAGUUGCCAUUCAAAAAGAAGUUUGCCAUUUUAUUUCCAGAAAAUAAACUAGGUUUCCAUA